AGCACGCUCAUUGACAACCAGGCGUCGCUUUGUAACAAUAACAACAACAAUUUAUUCAACUAACAACCCUCGAACUCUAUUACCAUCGUCAACAUGGCUGACAGAUUCCCUUCCUUGGACGACUUCGACUCAGGUGCUCAGACCGAUGUCCAGGAUGUCGGUUCACCAUCAGCCGAUGAUUUCCUCGCCCGCGAACGUGCACUCCUCGGAGACGACGCGACACAGUUCACCACUGGCACCGAGUCUGCUGCCCUCGCCGAUCCCUCGUCCGACGAUCUAUUAGGCGGAGGAGGCGAGAAUGUCCAGUUCGAGAGCCAAUUUCCCGAUAUCAAUACUUCGAAUGAGCAAGUCGCACCUGGAGGCGCUAUCACUGGUGGUCCGUCAGUCAGCUUCAACUCGGGUUACGCUGCGCACGUCGCGGACGAAGAAGAGCCCGAGAUCAUUAAGGAAUGGCGCGAGAAGCGAGACGCUGCCAACGCGAAACGAGCCGAACAAUUCGCCGUUCAGAAGGCCGAGACGAUCAAGGACGCACAGCAGAACAUCGAUGACUUUUACGAGAAUUACAACACUAAGAAGGAGAAGAUGAUCACGCAGACCCGAAAGGAGGCAGAGCAGUUCCUAGCAAGCCGAGAUGACACCACCUCAGGCGGCACAAGCUGGGAGCGUAUCUCCAAAUUGGUCGACGUCAGCGGCAAAGGCCAGAAGGGUGGUGCCAAUGGUUCAGGUAAAGAGCGUUUCCGUGAACUGUUGGUGAGCCUGCGCAAGGAUGAGAAGGCACCUGGAGCCGAGGGUUACUGAGCAUUCUUAAAAUACCUGAUACCAACGGUGUUCUUGCCGAUCAACUAAUGGAAUAGCCAUGUCGACUUAGGAGUUUUGGCCGGCCGAUAGCAGCUUAGGCAUAGGCAAAGGCAUACCACUCUCAACUUUCAUGUUGGACUGUACUUAGAUAAAACCCGUGUUGCGGAUAACAAGCAGGCAUGGGGGGCUUUCUAUGCCUGGGGCGUAAUGGACUGAUUUUUAUCUAUCUAACAGUUUCACCAUUUGACUACGAACCUCCUAUACGAUUCCAGGUGGUGUUGAUGAUAUUCAUAAUGCCAUUGUGAUUUGACUACCUAGGUAG